AUGGAAGAAAGUUCCAGCGUCCCUGAGAUUGAUAACUCCCGAGAGAGUUAUGUUGAGGGUGUGGAUCCCCAACCACCUGCGGAUGUGUUUUUCCAGGAAAUCACCGAGACAAUGAAUGUCUUGGUGAAUGACGGAUCAAGUGUAGGCGCUUAUACACUUGAUCUGGUUACACCUACGAAGUUAGCUUCGGAGGUAAUCAAGUUUUCAACGCUAGGAUCUAAAAGAUUCCUGCGAGAUCUGCGUAGUGAUAAGAUCAAGCAGAUCUGCGUGCUCGUCACAGAGGACGAGUACGUCGCCGAUAUUCGGUCGGCACAAGUGUUUGCUGAGAACGAACAGGUUCUCAGUAGCUUAUCGAUGGACGAGUGUGUCUUCUAUGAGAAGAAUUGGGCUGAGCGAUACACGUCUUAA